AUGGCGAAGUUUUUGUAUUUGGUAUUGCUGUCUGCAGUUGUCUGGAAAGCGUACGCUGAUCAGAAUGAUGAAGACGGAGAUAUUCUUUAUACAACUCAAAAUAAUCGAGAAAUAAAAUGUGGUAAAAAUUACGCUCAAUAUCCAAAUUUCGAAGAUUGUAGCACCUACAUCGUGUGUCAAAAUGGGCAAAAAAAGAUCAAGUCUUGUCCUGCAGGUCAGCAUUACAACGAUCAGACCAUCAGAUGCGAAGAGCCAUGCAAAGCAUACUGCAACAAGACUCUAUCUUGUGAAUGUAAAUGGUCAACAUGUGGACUCGACGACGCAUGUUUUCAGAUGAAGAUCAUCGGACCCUGCAGGGCUCGCAUUCCGAGAUAUUUUUUCAACAAGCGCGCUGGCGAGUGUCAAAGAUUUGCCUACAGUGGAUGCAUGGGGAAUGAAAACAACUUUGAAACGCUUGAAGAAUGUCAGCAGAAAUGCAGCAAAGAUAAGCCAAAGCCUAUACCGAGUUUCCAAUGCCCCACGAUGAAUGGACUCUUUCCUAAUCCAGAUAAUUGCAGGACCUUCUUUCAGUGCUCUCACGGCAAACCACACUUCAUGUCUUGUCCUUCUGAUCUCCAUUUCAGCAAUAAAACGAAACGUUGCGAGAAGCCCUGUGAUGCCUACUGUGACAAGUCAUUGUCGUGCGAUUGCAAGUGGCCUACAUGUGGUUUGGAUGACCUUUGCUUCUUGCCUGCUGAAACCGGGCCCUGCAGAGCUGGUUUCGAUAACUAUUUCUUUAAUUGGCAAACUGGCCAAUGUGAAGAAUUUCCUUAUGGCGGAUGUGAGGGCAACAAAAAUAAUUUUGAGAAAAAGGAAGAUUGUGAACAAGCUUGUACCAAAGAUAAGCCAAAGCCUAUACCGAGCUUUCAAUGUCUCAAGAAGAAUGGACUCUUCGCUAAUCCAGAUGAUUGCAGAACCUUCUUUCAGUGCACUAACUUUAAACCAAAUUUGAUGUCUUGCCAUUCUGGUCUUCAUUUCAACGAUAAAACAGAACGUUGCGAAAAGCCUUGUGAUGCUUACUGCGACAAGAAAUUAUCUUGUGAAUGCAAGUGGCCAACAUGUGGUCUGGAUGACUUGUGCUUUUUACCUCCUGAAGUCGGGCCCUGCAGAGCGGGUUUCUAUAACUAUCAUUUCAAUCGAAGAACUGGUCAGUGUGAAAAAUUCCUCUAUGGUGGAUGCAGGGGGAAUAAAAAUAAUUUCGAUACAAAAGAAAAAUGCGAGAAAGCAUGUAGCAAAAAAAACAGUGAUGAUUUCAUCUGUGUAAAGGACGGAUUGUACAAGGACCCAGAAAGCUGCAGCAGUUACAUCCACUGUGUGAACGGUCAGAAGUACGUUAUGCCUUGUCCCAGGGGAUUCCACUUUAUUGAAAGGGAGAAGUUCUGUCAACCCGAUAGCGAAGCUCAGUGUGAUCUCAAAGGUGAUGCUGGUUCUGAACUAUUAUGCACAGAGGAGGGAUUAUGGUCUGAUAUCAAAGAUUGUCAUCGUUUUAUUAAUUGCUCCCAUGGUCGGAGAGAAAUAAUGUCCUGUCCAAUGGGACUACACUUCAAUGAAGAAUCUAAAGAGUGCGAAUCCCCUUGUGACGCACGUUGUGACACGUCUUUAGCUGCGGAAUGUGCAUGGCCUUUGGGAGAAGAGAAAGAUUCUGAUCCUGAAUGUGAAAAAGAUGGAAAGUUCAUGGAUGUAUCCAGCUGUAGUCGUUACAUUGAAUGCUCUAAUGGCCGAAAAAGUGUGAAAUCCUGUCCACGUGGAUUACACUUCAGCGAAGAAACCGAAGAAUGUGAUUCGCCUUGCGAUGCUCAUUGUGACCAAUCUUUGGCUUUGAUUUGUGGGUGGCCCGUAGGUUCAGAAAAAGACGAUAAAAGUUGUCCUGAAAAUGAACAUACCAGUUUGUGCGGAGCCGCAUGUCAGAGGAACUGUCAAAACUACAAAGACUGGUUCUUUCCUUGUCCCCUUAUUUGCCGUCCAGGAUGCAUCUGCAACAAGGGUUUUGUGAGGAAUUCUGAAGGAAAAUGUAUACCCUCCGCAGAAUGCGAUGGUGAGAACGCUCAGUCCUCACCUUUUGGUUUCAAGUGUCCAUUUCCUAAUGGUAAAUUCCUGUAUCCUGCCGACGAUCGGAAAUAUAUUAAGUGCAAAGACAACGAACUCACAAUAGAGGAAUGCCCAUUGAGACACAAGUUUAAUUACCUGGAAGAGAAAUGCGUUUGAAUUAUUAAAAAGGAAAAAUAACAAAAAUAGUUCGUUUCAACAAUGUUUGAAACCUUUAUUUUUAUGUAUAUAUGAUUCAGAACUGAUUAU